AAGUAGUUGCUGUAGAGGAAGCAGAGAGUUGUACUCGCGGGAAAAAUGGCGGAAAUGUGUGGUUUCUUCAUGUUACCAGCAUCAGCGGUUCAAAACAUCGCGUCUUAAACCUCAUCCUGCGCCUGCCUGCCUGCAUGUGUUUAUGAUUUAUGUGCAGCGGUGUGACACAUCUGUGUCUUGAUAAAUAUUGCUCUGGGUUUAGGAGGAAUGCGAGAUGCAAAAAGAUUCAGUGCACUUUUCCACCUCUGGCCACACGAUGCACAAUCAAUCUGUCACCCAAGAGUCCGCGAUCAAGUCUUUCCAUUGUAGUCAUUGCACUCUCAUUCUGAAAUCCAAAGUCUACCUUUUUGAACACCUGACCAUGGUGCAUGGCAUUGAUAUUGAUACUGCACUAAGAGAUGCUGGUUUAAAAAGCUCAGAGACUAACAAAGCCAACACUGACAACAAAAGCAGCAAUCCAGGAAAUAUUUUUUUAUGCCAGCACUGUGAUUUUAAAGCUUGUAGUCAGGAUGUUUUAAACGAUCAUGAGAAACUGUGUAGUAAAAAAUUAGUGAAUCACAACGGGACGGAAAUUCUUGAGACCAAAACAAUUGUCAUUCCAACAAACCAGCACAAGGAAGGUGCAGUUAAGUCUACCUCAAAAGCUACAUGUGCACUUAACUCAUCAAAGGAUCUGAAAACAUAUAAGAGGCCACUGCAGACCAUCACCAAAUACUUUGCACCAACAUCUGGAUCAAAUGGGAAAACCUCAGUGAAGUUAUCUGAGAGUCCAGUGGUUCUAGAUAACAACAAAGCAACCAUACUUCUGCAAGAAUCUCCCUCAAGCUCCAGCCCAAACAGCAGUGGUGUGUUUAAAGUCACUGCAAAGUCCAUGAUUGAUAUCUCCAAAGAUGUUCCUGAACGAUUUCUGCGAUAUGACCACCUUUUAAUUAGUGACCUGAGACCAGAAAAAUCUAGGGAAAAAUUCAAAGAAACACCUCCUAACAACACUGGGAAGAGGACCAAUAGUGAAAUCUCAGAGAGCUGUGCUGCUAAAAAAGCAAAGUCAGACAAAGAAAAGAAAGAGCUCCCAGAAAAAGCCAAUUCAAGGAAACAGCAGUCAUCCAGAAACACAGAGUUUUCAUUUGAAUUUAGUGAAGAUGAAGAAGAGAAGAUGGCUAAUCUUGUUAAUGGAUGCACAGAAAGCCCAAAAGAGUAUUUUUGUAAGCACUGUGACUACAGUGAUGUGGGCAUCAGAAACAUGUCUACCCAUUACCAGAGCGACCACCCAUACAUUAGAUAUAACGCCGUCUACAUUCAGGAUCAGAGUGAUCAGAGUGCUACCUUUCGUUGCCUGGAAUGUCCAAUUGAGUUUUCAAGUGUAGCCAACCUCAAGAGACACUACACAGAAAAUCAUCCAGAAGCCCUAGAAGUGUUCACAAUGCAUUUGCAUGAACUCAGUUUGGUUUUCAAAUGUUUUGUGUGUCCAUAUACCUCCAAGGAACUAAAGGCCUUGAAAGACCAUUACAAGGAAAAGCACCCAAAACAUAAAGUGGAUAAUUCCUUGUUGUACUGCAGAUAUUCAGCGACUAGAUGUCAAGAGGGAUCAUCUCAGUUGAAUACAUGUGAGAAAGUGCACAGCCCAGAAAGAUCGGAUUCUCUCGAGAAUGCAAAUACACAAUAUGAGGAAGUCAAAAAUGCACCCUCAACCCAACAUCCCACCUCCAACACAGCAGAUGUCAUUUUGUAUCAGUGCAACAACUGUAACUUUAGUCACAAGUCCAUUGUUGUUAUGCAUGUCCACUAUCAAAAAAGCCAUCCAGGUGAAGCUGUCACAAUAGACCACAUCAAGCAAUCAGCUCAUGUCACAUCACAUACAACAUCACAGAUGACGCCUGAAAAAUCAGAGACAGUAAUAGAAGACUCCGCACCUCAGAAGAACAUCUCAGAAUCUUCUAAAAAAGCAAAAGACAAAGCUGAGCUGUCGCAGCAGAAGAAGCACACACGAAAUGCAUCACUUACCAAAUGUAACAGGGAAAUGGACAGUUCACCAAACAAAAUGUUUUACUGCCAGUUUUGCAGUUAUUCAAGUACCAACAUCAGAAGUGUUGUUGCUCAUCAUAACAUCAAACAUUUUGUGCAUGGACUAACAGAUACUGAAGAGAUCUUGUUGUAUAGUGCUACGGUUCAAAAAAAGAUACCGCAAAAUGAAACUGAGGCCUCAGCAAGGACUGCAUCCUCUGAUUCUAAAACUAGUAAACAAGUUGAGGUGUGUGGUGAAAAAAAAACUCAAUAUGAAGUGGAUAAUGUAGCAGAUGCUUCCGUGGUGGGAUCUAAUCCUUAUGCAUGUGCAGAAAACUUGUUUUACUGCCAGAAGUGCAACAUUGGAAAUCCAACUGUAAAAGGAAUAUUGAACCAUCAGGCCAAAGUUCACCAGCGCAUUAACUCCAGCAGGGAAUGUAUCAUUGAACACACAGCUCUGGUUCGUGAUGAAAUUGAAAAAUCAAAAUCUCACACAAAGGAGUUAGCCUUUUCUACUCAUCUACCUCCUCCACUUAUGAAUGAAGGCGAUGAAGAUAGGCUUUUCUGCCACUUUUGCAACUAUAGACAUAAUUCUAUGACCCAGGUAAUGAAGCAUUACCUGAAAAGACAUAAUGGAGUUGAGGUCAAAGUUGAACAGAUCCAUCUGCAUACUGCUUUGGUUCUCAAAAAGACACAGGGAACGCACCUAAAAACAACAGCAAACCAAGAGGUUAGUCAUGUGUCCCUUGGGAAAAAAGGAAAUAAAAAGAAAAAAACAAAGAAGCAUGCCAAGUGCUUGUCAGUUUCAGCAUCACCCUCAGCCACACAAACACAGAGGACCCUUGGGUGCCAUAGAUGCACAUACAGCACACAGUAUGUGUAUCUUUUGAGGAGGCAUAUGUGGAAAAUCCACCAGGCAAAUCGCUCAGUCAAUGAUGUUUUGAGAGUGUGCUUUAAACAAGGAAUGUUACAGUCAGGGUAUCACUGUGAUUUGUGUGUUUUCUCUCACAAAAAUGCAGAAGCAGUCCAUAUGCACUACCAGGAACAACACCCAACACGUAGGUUAUCCCUCGAGUAUGUCUCUGCUCAGUUAUAUGUUGGUCCAGAUACAUCCUCCUGCAAGGGGAAGAAACCUCAAAUAAAGCACACUGGUGGUAUCAGUGAUGGUGAUGGCACUGAUAGCGGCUUACUGUCCGAAAGAAUUGCGCAAAAUGAUAUCAAGAGGUAUUCGUGCAGAGCAUGUUCAUUCAAAGGUAGCUCGUUGUCAAGUAUCACACAACACUACCGUGCUGUUCAUCCUUGGUCUGUGAAAGACGAUGGCUCAGUCCUGAAUGUCAUCACCAGCAAGAAGCCAAGUGCAAACAGCCAUGUGGAAGACUACAAUCAAGUGUCAGGGUCAUUUGACAGCUACCAAGUGCCUCUUGAAUUUGACAAGUCAGCUGGUUUAUCUCAUGAAGCAACAGCAUCGCCCACAAUGCUCAAGUGCCUUUAUUGCCCUGCAAGGUUUCAGACCCAUCGCGGUCUCAGCACUCACUGUGGGAUGAAACACCCAGGAGCUGUACCCGAAAAUUCUGAUGAACAGCAAGAACAAAUGGAAACCAGUGUGCAUGUUUUCAAGUGUCGAUAUUGUACCUAUGUCAAUACCAACCAUAAAGGAGUUCUCACUCACUGCCAGAUGAGGCAUCCUGCCUCGAUAUCCAGGGCAGACAGUCUUCAUGUGGAUGAAACACAUAUACAGAGUUGGGAUAACUCUUUGAAAAGAAAAGGACCCUGGUGGCAGUUUGGGACUUCGUGGGUUCAUGUGUAA